CAGCACCAUAAGCCAGAGGGUGCUCCCCGGUAAGGAGGGAAAAGGUGUGUUCACAGCCACUCAGUCAGAGAGAGUGACACAAGCCCUAUUAGGAAAUCCCUGGAGGACGAGGAUAUAAAUCCCUGCCUGGACUGCUGAGUUUCCACUGAAGGUAAAAGUUGGGCCUGGCAGCCUUCCCCAGGCGAGAAGCAACAAAGUCAAAGAAUGCAGGGCUGCAGAUUAGGGGGUGCUGAACCUGAGAUCACCUCCCGUGUCCUUCAGAAGUUGCUGGAAACAAUGUUUGUCUUGUACGUGUUGAUAAUCUGCGUUUAUUCCUUCACCGUUCAGCCUGAGGAACACACAGUGGCUGCAGGAAACUGCCAGUUUCUUGGCAAGCAUUUCAAAACUGACUUCAAAGUGGAAGGGGAGCCUGUGGUCCUGAAGUGCCCCCAGGUGCAGUAUUGGUUGUGGGAGUCUGUCAGCCCCCACGUCAAUGUGACAUGGCAUAAAAAUGAUUCUGCUAGAACGAUUCCAGGGGAAGAAGAGACACGAAUGUGGGUCCAGGAUGGUGCUCUCUGGAUCUUGCCAGCCUUGCAAGAGGACUCUGGCACCUACCUCUGCACUGUCAGAAACACAUCUUACUGUGAUGAAAUGUCCACUGAGCUCAGGGUUUUUGAGAAGACAGAAGCUUCCCUGCCUUUCAUAUCAUACCCGCAAAUUCUUACGUUGUCAACCUCUGGGUCCUUAGUUUGCCCUGAGCUGAGUGAAUUCAUCCGUAACAAAAUGGACAUGAAGAUUCAGUGGUACAAGGAUUCUGUCCUUUUGGAUCAAGACAAUGAGAAGUUUCUAAGUGUGAGGGGAACCUCUCGCUUACUCAUACAUAAUGUGUCUGUGGAGGAUGCGGGUUAUUACAGCUGUGCCAUGACAUUCGCCCACGAAGGCAUGCAGUACAACGUGACUAGGAAUAUUGAACUACGUGUCAACAAAAAAGAAGAGGAGACAAUUCCUGUGAUUAUCUCCCCCCACCAGACCAUCUUAGCUUCGCUGGGGUCAAGAUUGACAAUCCCAUGUAAGGUGUUUCUGGGAGCUGGCACACAUUCGACCACCAUGCUGUGGUGGAUGGCCAACACCACCAGCAUAGAGAGUGCGUACCAGGGAGGCCGUGUAACCGAGGGGCAGCGCCAGGAAUACUCGGAAAAUAACGAGAACUACAUUGAAGUGCCACUGAUUUUUGAUCCAGUCAUAAGAGAGGAUUUGAACACAGGUUUUAAAUGCGUUGUGCGCAACACACUGAGUACUCAGAUGCUACGUACCACGGUCAAAGAAGCUGCCACAUUCUCCUGGGGGAUUGCGCUGGCCCCCCUCUCCUUGGUCUUCUUGGUUUUGGUGGGAAUAUGGAUGCACAGACGGUAUAAACACAGAACUGGAAAAACAUAUGGUUUGACCACGUUAAAGACUGGCCCUUAAGAUUUUCAAUCUUACGUGAGUGAAAUAAAGGCAAUAAAACAAUUCAAAUCCAAGCGAUAUCCUUUUUCAUGGAAGUGGCUUGACCUUUUCGAAGAUAGUGCUCUUCCUCAGUUUAACAGAGCUGCUGUGUUUAUGGUGAAGCCCUAAAGAAAGAAUGUGAUGUUUAUCCUGAAGCUGAAUGACAGGAGGAAGUGUGCAUGUGGGCGGGUGAGUAGCUCCCUGCCACUUGUGACCGUUUAAAAGAGUGAGGUGCCCCCAGGCCUGAAUU